AUGCACAUAUUAUCUAGUCACACAAAAAAGGACUAUGAUAUUGAGAGAUUUUGGAAAUUGGAGUCCCUUGGUAUACAAGAAAACGACAAACUUAACACAGAAAAACAGAACAUCAAAGAAUUUUCAUCAACAUCGAUAACAUAUGAGGAUGGAAAGUACGUUGCAAAACUUCCAUGGAUUGAAGAAUGUUAUGAAUUACCGACAAAAGAGAUGAUUGCAAGAGCAAGGACCCAUAGAGUCGUUAACCGUUUAAACCAGGAACCAAACUUAUUUAAAAUAUAUGGAUACAUAAUUAAAGAGAAGAAAAAACGUGGUUUCAUCGAAAAGGUAGAAGAGACGGAGGACGAGCCACAGCGCAUACACUAUAUACCUCAUCAUCCCGUUAAAAAAAAUCUACCCACUAGAGAUAAAUUUAAAUGA